AACUACAAUAACAAGGGAAUGUAUAAAAAGAACUAGUGGAAUAAUUCAACAGAAACAAUGCCAUCAACACCACUACUACCACCAUUACCACCACCACCACCGCCAACAGCAAAAGCAUCAGCAGCUACAGCUACAGCAGCAGGAGCUGGAGCCAGAGCAUCAGCAGGAACAGGAAGACUGUCAGCAACAAUUACAUGAUAGAACUCACCAAUACCAACACCACCAGCACCAGCACCAGCCCCAUCAUAGACAGACGCCUGAUUACCAACACCUACAUAGUGAAUACCAACACAACCACCGCCAGCAGCAGCACUUCCAACAGCAACAGCAACAGCAACACCACCACCAUCAGCCGCAACAACAUUUGCCAUCCAGCCAUUGGAGACAUUGUCAAAGGCCCAGCGGGAUAUGGCACAAACGUUCCAACAAUACUAGCAUGGCAACCUACUAUCUAUGGUGGCUAUUUGGCAUUUGCUUAAUAUUCUCUACGAAUGGUGGUCGCAAUUUAAAUAUCGGAAAUCUCGUUAUGAAAUCAUCAUCCACAUCAUUGUCAUCAACGCCAGCCGCCUUGUUGUCAUCGACAUCAUCCCACUACUAUUCCUCCUCAAUAUUAGCCUCUGCCUCAUAUUUGGAACCGGAUGAGCUAAUUCAUGAAUUGGAUAGGCCUGUACCUCUGACAUCUGUACAGGGCGUCUUGGGACGUCAGGCCAUGUUGCCGUGUGAUAUAACGCCAAUGGAACGUGACGAUGCUGUUUAUAUGGUCCUGUGGUUUCGUGAGGGUGAUGGUGAACCUAUCUACAAUUUUGAUGUUCGGGGGAGACAGUUUGGUCAAGCUCGCCUCUGGUCAUCACCCACAGCAUUUGGCCCGAGAGCCUACUUCAGCAGCACCUCACAUCCGGCACAAUUGAAAAUUGACAGUGUGCGUUUGGAAGAUGAAGGUGUCUAUCGGUGUAGAGUUGAUUUUAGAAAUUCUCCAACACGAAAUCUUAAAAUCAAUCUCACAGUUAUUGUGCCACCCGAGAAGCCAGCGAUUUACAAGCCCAUACGUCAUGAGAAAACCAGCAAUGUGGAAUCGUUCAAUGAGGGAAAUGACAUAGUGCUGAUAUGUGAAGUGGCUGGCGGACGUCCCUUGCCCAAUGUAACAUGGUAUUUGGAUAAUACGGUGAUUGAUGAAUCGUUCGAGCAUCGUCCGGACGGUAAGACUGUUAACCACUUGUCAUAUCCAAAUGUCGGACGACAACAUUUGAAUGCGAGAUUAGUUUGUGUGGCUAGCAAUACGAAUUUAACUCCGCCAAACAACAAAGUGGUCAUUCUGGAUGUCAACUUGAAACCAAUUGCUGUGCACAUCAUGACAAAGGAUAGAUUUGUUUCAGCCGAUCGCACCUAUGAUAUUGAAUGCAAGUCAUCUGGUUCAAAACCACAAGCCAUCAUCACCUGGUGGAAGGGCAAUAAACAAUUGAAAAAGUUAACAAAAAACUUUAAUGAACCCGACAAUCAAUCCUUAAGCAUAUUAACAUUCACGCCUACCCGAGAAGACGAUGGCAAAUAUUUGACAUGCCGAGCGGAAAACCAAUACAUUGAGGGCAGUGCUAUUGAGGAUAAAUGGCGUCUGGUUGUACACUAUCAACCCACAACCCAUUUGAAAAUGGGUUCGUCUUUGAAUCCUGAUGACAUCAAGGAAGGAGAUGAUGUUUACUUUGAAUGCGUUAUUCAAUCUAAUCCAAAGCCUUAUAAAAUGUCAUGGUUUCACAAUGGCAAGGAAUUACAUCACAAUGUAUCAGCUGGUGUUAUCCUAUCAGAUCAAUCACUUGUCCUGCAAAGCGUUUCGCGUGCAUCUGCCGGCGAUUACACUUGUCUCGCUGUAAACUCCGAAGGCAAAGGGACCAGCAAUCCGGUGACAUUACGUAUACGCUAUGCCCCCAUUUGUGCCACAGAACACGAUGAACUGUUGGGAGCCCUGAAGCAUGAAACGUUGGCGUUAAAAUGUGAAGUGGAUGCAUCACCGCCUGCGGAUUCAUUUCAUUGGACAUUUAACUCAUCCGGCGAACAAACUGAAUUACCAGCACGACUGCAUUCAAGUGAAACUGGCAUGUCACGUUUGAACUAUACCCCCACAACGGAUUUGGAUUAUGGUACAAUAUCAUGUUGGGCUCGCAACUCGAUUGGCAUGCAAAAAUCGCCCUGUAUUUUUCAAGUGGUUGCUGCAGGUCGACCAUUUCCAUUACAAAAUUGCUCGAUAACCAACCAAUCAGCAGAUUCUAUCCAGGUGGAUUGCAUUGAGGGCUUCGAUGGUGGUCUGCCACAGAGUUUCAUGUUGGAGUUGGUGGAAUUAAACAAUUUGCGUUUGGCACGAAACAUAACUUUGCAGCACACUUCGAGUCCUGUAACGUUUUUUAUUGACAACUUGGACCCCAGUGCUACAUAUCGCAUGAUUAUAUUUGCCGUAAAUGCCAAAGGACGUUCGGAGCCAAUUAUCAUUGAUGACAUCAAUUUUAAAGGUGUUGCCAAAUUUACUGGUGCUUCCAAUGGCCUCACUGUGCCUUUGUCACCUUUCCUAGCUGGUCUUACUCUAUUUUGUGCACUUCUUUUUGCCAUAUCAUGUAUAAUAUUGGCAGCAAUAUAUCGACGAUUUUCCAAUCGACAAAAUGACAACAAUUUGAAACCCACAAAACAUACACAACUCUCGAUACCCUCCGAUUGUCAACUGGAUCCAUUACAGCCGAAUCAUCAUCAUAAUCAUUACGAACAGAACAAUCAUCAGGCCCAUCACAGUCUGUUACAGUCAAAUGGUGAUGGCAAACUACAGGCAGUUAUUAGUGCUGGUGUCGGUAAUGGUGGUGGAGGCGGCAUUGGUGUUGGUGGUGGCGCCUCAUCACCAUCGGGUCUUAGUUUGGGUGGCAGCGGCAUCAUUGGCGGCAUUAUGGAUUCAUCCACAUUAAGGUCAACUGGCCAGAAUCAUCAUCAUCACCAUCGACAGUCGCCGCAAAUAAUGGGCGAUCCGCCUGAAGGCGAUGACACUGAUCCAGAUGUCAUCCCAAAUCAAUAUGAAAAACGUCCACUGAAGUCGAUGAUGGCUUCACCUAUAUUCCGUAGUCCAUCUGCGCGUCUAUUGCAACGUGAUUAUUGCACAACAGAUGGUGGUGGCAGUGCCAAUGAUGGCGGCAGUGCCACACUGGGCAGUGGGAGUGUUAUUGGCAUAACGAAUGGUUCGGCGUUAAGUAGCGUGGAUGGCGUAUCCAGUUUAGGUUCAUUAAAAAGUAAUAAUGGCAGCCUUGGCAUUGGCAAUGAGGUGCUGCAUUACACAUUUAGGCCAAGCAAACAAAUUAGUUAUGCCACCUUGAAUAAGAAAGGCAUCACCACAUGUAGUCCACCAUUGGGUGUGGGUUUGCCCUUUAGUAGUACAACUACAACAUCUUCAUCACUCUCAUCAUAUCAUCCCACCACACAGCCAAUGGAAGUAAGUCUACUUAGUCCCAAUAAUCCAUCGGUAACCUCAUCCAUCAGUGAAUAUAGAUUUCGACCGGAGGUGGUAACGACAUCAAAUCGCAUCCAGGAAAGUUGUAUAUAAAGACUUAAACUUAUCAAUGUAUGUGUGUGUGUGUGCGUGUACUAUACAUAUACUUAUGUGUUAUCCAUAUAAAGAAGGUAUAGCAAGCUGCCUAGCCUGUCUGCCUACCUUCCUGCCUGACUGCCGUCUAACCAACUAAACAAAACAGCAACAACCACAAAAAUGAAAGGAUAUAAAACUUAAGAAUUACGAAAACGAAAUUAAAAAAAAAACACCUACCAAAAAUGCCAUAACAUUGUUUAACACUAUUAUUUUUGAUGUUGUUGUACAGCUGUAAAUGUAAUGUAAUAUUUUUUAUUGUGUAUUAUAAUAACCAUUUUUGUAAAAAAGGUAAAAAAAAAACAAAACAAAAAACACAACUUCCUUUAAGAUCCUUAAUGUAAUGUUAAAACUCUGUUAUUGCCGCUAUGCUGUUAAGAGCCAUCUGUGUUUCCACAGAAAAUUGACGAUGAUGACGACUACGACGAAGGAGUCAAGUUUCCCAAAAACAACAAAACGAACACAGUUAACCCCAAAAGUUGUUAAAGCCUCUUUUUGCAAAAGAAGAAGAAGAAGAAGCAAAUUUAUCGAACGGGUGGGUAAACUUGAAUGGGUUGCAAUAUUAAAAUUCUGUUUAGAAUACCCAAAACAAUAUCAAUUAGAUUUAAAUUAACAAAUUCCAAAAGACUUUCAAUAGACAGCAUAAGAACAAAAAAAAAACAGAAUGAGUAAGAUAACAUAAUGAAAAACGAAAAAUGAGAAAAACUAUUUAAAUUUAAUAUUAAA